AUUAACGCAUUUUUUAAUCUGACCCGAUCCGAAGUUUUUGAGUACAUGAUUACAUGCAGAAUAUGCAGUGAUCAUAAGACCGCCGAGGGAUGGUUCAUAUUUGAGUGUAGUGGUACACUAGCUGGGAGUUCCGAGAGGUGAACAGCUCGAUCCAAGUCCAUUUAUCUACGUACAGACAUCGGCAUUCAACGUUCCCUAAUAUUUGUAUUCGUAAACUCCCCUCCUAGUUGUUAUUAAUCAGUUUGGGUCUUGAAAUGUUUAACUCAAACAUGGAGAAGUAUAAAACAGAAGGAGGUCUAACCAAUGCAAGAAUACAGAUGCAUGUACUUUGACUCAUAGAAAUUUUAUACUUUUGUGGAGAAGCAUUGACGACAGACAGCGAAGUUUACUGUGAUUUGUGAUAUAUCGUCUCGAGACACACAGACUUAAAACGUACAAAAAUGAAUAUGAACAGUGUUGUUAACUCCCUGUACCAGUUGGAUGACAGUAUGAGCAAACAGAAGACAAUUGAGAUCAAGCGAGUCAUGAGAGGUGCUCUCAGCAUGUCUAGAAGUACAACAGGCGACAACACAUUCCAUGUCAACAAAUUCGCCAGCAAAGGUUUGGAGCAGCAGAUAAAAGUCUUAGAUAAAGCUAAGAUCCAAUGUCGGAACGGAAUAAAUUCCAGGAAACGGACAGCAUUAAGAAAAUGGUGUCUUGUUUUCGGUAAGCAAAAGUCCAUGAACGAUUCAAUAAAAGAGUUAAACGAUGUGUUAACGAAAGCAAUUGAAGAUGACGAUUUCCUAGGACCAAUUACCUACAGAGAAGAAGCCAAAACAGCGGAAGUUGAACCGGAACCGGAACCAGAACCGGAACCGGAACCUGAGGUCAAAAGGUCAGGAAUGGAUCCUAGUCAAAUUCGUGCUUUAAUGAUAAGGAAACAGAAAGGAGGAACGGCGGGACUUGAGAUAAAGACAAAUGAACAAGGAAUUACUUCUAUGCUUUUACCUAAAAUUGAUUUUGGAAACACGGAUGUGAAACUCGAUGAUAUAGAGCUAGACCCUGAAACUCCAAAACCUCAAGAAGAUAUUUGGCCUCUAAAGGACACUACAUGGGUUAAUUCUUAUAUCAAAGAUCAAAGAGAGAAGCAUGACCUCCUCUUUACAAAAAAUAUUCUUAAAACCAUACAACUAGGGAUGCAUUCAAAUCCUUUAAACAGUUUUCGGUUGAGAGCAAAGCUUUCGGACGAUCCGAUGGACUUUCUGAGACAGUUAACUUCCGCAAAGACAGCCCGUCCUACCACAAGAAAUGACUUUAGUCGUGAAAUUCAGACCGCUAAAACUCUGCCAACCUUUCGACACAUCUCCACGGCUCGGUCUAUGACGAAAUCCCGGAAAGAUUCCGAGGCAAAUACAAAAUUCCCGCCUCUUUCCCGCUCCAAAACCAUGAUCUCUUAAUGUGUUCCCCAUAUAGGUUUGAACAAUGCCACUUUGGAGAUGCUAUCUUUAUGGGAAAAAAAAAUCAGUUGCGCUUUUUUGUAGAAAGUUUUAGAUAUCGACUCUCUAAUGAAGUAUUGAAGUGGCCAAGAAGUUGGUACUGUCAAUCCCAAUGAUAAAUUGAUAUCAAACCCAGGCCCCUUUCAACAUUCAAAUUCAAGUUGAAAUGGAAUGUUUGACAAUAAAAGAUAUUGAUUUGUACUUUAUAAAUGUAUUGAAAUCUGUGACAAUUUGAGAUCUUGCAUUUUUCGAAUUUAACCUAGUAGCCCUGAUCAACAAAUCAUUGGCAAUAAAAAAUGCUGUGCACGAUCAAUCAGAUCUCAGUUAUCUUAUCGUUAAAAUGAUCAAAAGAG